UCCAUUUGGCUAAGCCCAGACUCUUUCCAAGAGAAAUUCUCAAUAAGAUGAACCCAGAGCUAAAACUGGACGUGUCUACUCCAACAUAGUAACAUGGCACGUGGACACCAACUCUCUUGCCACCUCACAAGCUCUGUCCAGUUCCGAUUCACUACAUAAUAACUCGUUCCCACUCAAUUUUCUUAUUACACAAGUUAUUUGUAUCCUAUAUAUAUGUUUUACAGGGGAUUGUUUUCCUCCAGAGUCUUGACAAUCAGAGCUUAUCCAACCAUAACUCACUUGAAUUCCCUCUGUCCAGAAACUUUCCCUGUUGCCCAGAAGUGUCCAACUAGGGAUUUUGAGAGAAUGGCUUCACAUGGCCAGCAAUUCCCGCCUCAGAAACAAUCUACUCAGCCAGGAAAAGAGCAUGCUAUGGACCCCAACCCUCAGUUCACAGCCCCAGAAUACAAGCCUUCUAAUAAGCUUCAAGGGAAGAUAGCACUUGUGAGCGGUGGUGACUCUGGGAUCGGCCGAGCUGUGUCUCACUGCUUUGCUUUAGAGGGAGCAACCGUGGCAUUCACAUUUGUGAAGGGUCAAGAGGACAAAGAUGCUCAGGACACACUUCGAGAGAUUAAGAAAGUGAAGACCUCGGAUGCCAAGGAACCUAUGGCAAUCCCAGUUGAUUUGGGUUAUGAUGAGAAUUGUAAGAGAGUUGUGGACGAGGUGAUCAAUGCGUACGGACGUAUUGACAUACUGAUCAACAAUGCUGCCGAGCAGUAUGUAACAAGCUCUAUCGAAGAGAUUGAUGAGGCAAGACUUGAGAGAGUUUUCAGGACUAAUAUCUUUUCCUACUUUUUCCUAACAAGGCAUGCUUUGAAGCACAUGAAGGAAGGAAGCUGUGUAAUCAACACAACAUCGGUUAAUGCAUACAAGGGGAAUGCCAAGUUGCUGGACUACACUGCAACUAAGGGAGCCAUUGUUGCCUUUACCAGAGGACUUGCACUUCAGCUUGUGGAGAGAGGUAUACGUGUCAAUGGCGUUGCCCCUGGACCAAUAUGGACUCCAUUGAUUCCUUCCUCUUUUAGUGAAGACCACACUGCUAAGUUUGGCUCCGAAGUGCCCAUGAAGCGGGCUGGCCAGCCUAUUGAGGUUGCACCCUCUUAUGUCUUCCUUGCCUGCAACCACUGCUCCUCUUACAUAACUGGACAAGUCAUCCACCCUAAUGGUGGGACUGUGGUGAAUGGUUGAAGUGAACUGCUGAAAACGGUUUUUUUUGGGACUUUUGUCUAUGGCUUUUUGCUGGGUUUUAUCUCCUGUGGAUUCUUUUGUGCAACUAUGUCUUUUGGUUUAGAUUACCGCAGGGACGACAAAUGUUAAGCUAUGUAAUGUACAUAAAUAGUGCUGAGCCAUCUAUGGUGGCUUGUACGAGCACCUAUGGUUGUGUAAUAAUGAUUAUGUGAAAAAAAAAAUAAACGUAGCAGCUUCUGAA